UCUCUACCUCUCCCUCCCUCUGUUUCUCCCUUUCUCCAUAUUCCCCUCUCCCUAAGCCCGUCUCUGUUUCUCUUUCUCCAACGUUUUCUAACCGAUGAGCAUGCUGUGUGGUUCCUAGCCUCCUACUCAUCACUGCAACUGUAACAGUAACAGCAGAGAUAUCGCCACUCAAGAGGAGUGCCAUCGCAGACAUCUACACACACACAGUCACACACACACCAACGUUGGAUGAACAUCGGCUUAUUCUUCUCAAACGUACGCUGGGGAGGUAGAGAGAGAGAGUGUCCACCUGCGCUCAUCUCAUACACAACAGGGCUAAGAGACACAGCUAUGCGAAGAUAGCGUACCUGAUAACGCUGAUGUCUGAGAGGGCACUCACCUGGGCUACGGUGGUGUGGGAGCAACAGUCCACCGUUUACCUCAGUCUGGAGGAGUUUGUGGCGGAAGUACGAAAAGUGUUAAAUUCUCCAUUGUCCGAGAGAGACUGCUCGUAAUGUUACGCUUGGCGGAGCAGGUGAACCCAAGUGCAGACUCAGACCUUGGAGACAGCGAUAAGAGAACUCCAGCAACCACCAGUGAUCUUAGAGGAGUCCUUGGAUUACUGAAGCUUGACUGACCAUUCUAACAAAACCAAAAGGCAAAGCAACAAACCAUGAAGACCAGACUAGCCUGCCUGUCCAAUAAGUCUGACUCCUACACCGACUUCACUGAGUUCCUGCCCCCUGCCCAAGAUAGGACCACCAGAUGCCUAAAGCUGACAAAAGACGAGGUCAUUCGAUGGGCAGAUUCCUUCGAUGUUCUUCUAUCGCACAAGUAUGGCCUGGCUGCCUUCCGGGCUUUUCUCAAGACGGAGUUCAGCGAUGAGAACAUUGAGUUCUGGAUGGCCUGCGAGGAAUAUAAAAAAAUCAAGACUCCUGCUAAACUGGUGACCAAAGCCAACAAGAUCUACAAUGAGUUUAUCGAUGUCAAGGCUCCCAGAGAAGUAAACAUAGACUUCCGUACACGGGAGGUGACGAGACAGAGCCUUGAGGAGCCCACUCCUUCCAGUCUGAACGAGGUCCAGUCAAGGGUCCACAGCCUCAUGGAGAAAGACUCUUACCCACGAUUCCUCCGCUCCAAGAUCUACCAGGACUUACUCAAAACGCAGUACACACACUGCCAACGGAACUCUGUCUGAAGAACACACACAUCUGCAGCCGCAGAUACAUAUACGCACACUUAAGUGAUAAUGCCGUGAAGCCAGUGUUUGGAGGAUAUAUUGGCACGGGUGUUGCUAGGCCAGAGACAAAGUCGAGGGUCGGCAAACCGUGCCAAUAUAUCCCCUAAUACCAGCUUCUCGGGCAUUAUCACUUUUAUACAACGGGUUAGUGUCAUAGCUGGCGCUCUCCUCAUCCUCGGAUGAGGUGAGGAGAGAAGGAUCUUCUGACCAAUAUGCGGAGUUAGGGAAAUAUGCCAUCUUUAUUAUAAAUUACAACGAUGCAGAUGGCAACACGAAAACAAAACAAAACACUUUCAAAACUACAAAAUAACAAAACGACGUACAACGGAACCUGAACAUAAACUCACAUCAACAAACGUAAACUCACGAACAGGAACGUACAUCAAAACGAACGAACAGCCAAACAGCUCCAAAAGUGAAUACAUCGAACAUAACGAAGACAUCACAGGAGACAAUCACCCACACACAAGCAGUGAAAAUGCCCUACCUAAAUAUGACUCUUGAUUAGAGGAAAAUGCAAACCACCUGCCUCUAAUCAAGAGCCAUACCAGGCAAACCGAAACCAACAUAGAAACAGAUAACAUAGACUGCCCACCCAAAACACAUGCCCUGACCAUAAACACAUAAAAAACAACAUAAAACAGGUCAGGACUGUUACAGUACCCCCCCCUCAAGAUGCGCACGCCGGGCGCACAAGCACAAAGUCCAGGGGAGGGUCCGGGUGGGCAGUUGACCACGGUGGUGGUUCCGGCUCAGGACGCUGUCCCCAUACCACCAUAGUCACUCCCCUCUUCUGUCUACCCCCUCUAAUGACCACCCUAACACUACCCUCCCCUAAAUAAACAGCUAGCACCGGGACAAGGGGCAGCACCGGGACAAGGGGUAGCACCGGGACAAGGGGCAGCACUAGAACAAGGGGCAGCACCUGGAUAAGGGGCAGCACCUGGAUAAGGGGCAGCACCGGGACAAGGGGCAGCACCGGGACAAGGGGCAGCACCGGGACAAGGGGCAGCACCGGGACAAGGGGCAGCACCGGGACAAGGGGCAGCACCGGGACAAGGGGCAGAUCCCAGCUGAAGGACUCUGGCAGGUCCUGGUUGGACGGCUCUGGCAGGUCCAUGCAGGCUGACGGCUCUCGACGCUCAUGGCAGACUGACGGCUCUCUACGCUCAUGGCAGGCUGACGGCUCUCGACGCUCAUGGCAGGCUGACGGCUCUCGACGCUCAUGGCAGGCUGACGGCUCUCGACGCUCAUGGCGCUCUGACGGCUCUCGACGCUCAUGGCGCUCUGACGGCUCUCGACGCUCAUGGCGCUCUGACGGCUCUGGCUGCUCAUGGCUCUCUGACGGCUCUGGCUGCUCAUGGCUCGCUGACGGCUCUGGCUGCUCAUGGCUCGCUGACGGCUCUGGCUGCUCAUGGCUCGCUGGCGGCUCUGGCAGAUCCUGUCUGGUUGGCGGCUCUGGCAGAUCCUGUCUGGUUGGCGGCUC